UGCAUUAGAGCUGCUCAGCUGCAAAACGAAUCUUCCCCUUCCUUGAAUCUUGAUUACCUAGGGACUAGUUGUUGUUACCUAAUACCUACGCAUGCGUGCAGGAAGUGUUAUUAUGUUGAAAUAACAACAGUGAAGGCAAAAGUAUUCAAAGGCAUUCUUGGUGGCUUAUGAAACGUGAUCUGAAAUUUUUUUAUAGUUUCAAUGCGUAAAUUAUUGCUUUUGUAUGAUGUAAGUAGUUAGAAAUUGAACUGCUCAAAUAAUCUUUUAGUGGUUUAACCAAAGUUGGAUUCAACAUUAUCAUCGAUUGUCUUUCUAAUUUGAUGAAGUAAGUUAACUUUCAUAAUGUAUCAAUGAAAAUACGUGCCAGUUUUUGGGAUAAAUCCAAUUGUCAACGUCAUCUUUUCUUCUCCUAUGGAGCGUCAGUGUUCUGGAUUGUAUGUCUAUGUACCUAAAACUGCAAUUGUGGUUGUUCAAUGACAGAAGAUUUCGGUCAUUGGUACGACUUAUCGAUCGAAUUAUCAAAGUCAGGAACAGUGUUGAUACUUUUUUCGGCGUUAGUAAGAUCGGAUGCAGCUUGGAUGGAUGCCGAAAAAUAUUGACGAAUUUUUUACCUUUUCGAAUGUUAUGAGAACAAUCCGCUCAUUUGCAACCUGUUUUUGUGAACGGAGCCAUGUCGCAGUCUAAGCAACAAAUCAGUUUUUUCCAAGAAGCUGAGCGAUUUUUGUCGCAUUCGUAUUCAUCUGAAAACGAGUUCGUGAAAGAAUACAAGAAAUUUGACCAAGGAAACGCAAAAUCUAAACAACUGUAUCUCUUCGUUUUAAGUAAACUAGAAAAUUCGGUAGUAUCAGGUAACUUUGAUGAUUUAAAAAAAUAUGUCAAAGUAAUCAAUUUCGUCAGCGAUAUCGAAAAUCGAAAAACAUUAGAGACUUUGUACAAUGAUACGCAAAAUUCUAUUAAAACCACUAAUUUAGCGAUCCUAUCUUGCAAAUAUGGUAGACUAGAAAUACUGAAAUAUGUUCUCGGUGAUGGUAAAGUCUUGGAAAAUCUAUCUAUAAAUGUUGGUAAAAAUGUCAUUACACCUGGCGAUCGGGACGAAUCACAUCACGAUGCAUUUUAUUACGCUGUACUUUCUGGUAAUGUCGAGCUUCUUGAUUCGCUUAUCAAAAAUUGGCCCUGCGAUUAUUUUUCUACUCGUUCUGAAGAGCUAGAUGAGAUUCUUUCAAAAGUGUACGAGGAGUUGAAGUUGAAAAACGUGUCGUUGUCAGAAAAUAUGGAAAUUUUUGUCGAAAGCCAGUUGAUUAAUCUUCGUUUUUUCUCAAAUUCUUCUAAAAAAGAUCGUAUUUGUGAUAAAGUUAAAAUUUGUAAUAUCAUAGAUCGAGUUAAUUUAGUUCUAGAAAAAAUCGUUUUUUUGAAGUCGAAGUAUUCCGAUGUUGAGAAAUUAGAUGAAACUUUUUUAUUCGUCGCUAGGUUCAUUGCUCAAAAUCUUCACGUGCUCAAACGUCAAUUGAAAUUCACCUACGAUAGAUUACCUUGGGAAGAAAUCGAAUUUUGUUUAGUUUCUUUUAUUUCUUCUUACGUCAAUCAGCGAGACAUUAAUUUCUUUUAUCGCGCCAUUUUGAGCAAGAGCAAAAUAAUUCGCUAUUUGGAGCAGUUCGCUGACAAACUCGAAGCUGAAAAAUCGAAUAUUGAAAAUGAACGCGUUAGUAACCUAGCUGUUCUUCCGAAGCUGAAACGAAGUCAAAUUGUCACCGAUAUUAUUCGCAAUACUCCCGAAUUUCAAGACUUGUACAACGAUUAUCAACGUAUCCGAGAUAUUCAUUCUUUGCAGAAAAUAAACGAGUAUUUGAACCUUGCUUUAUCAAUCGAUCCUGAAGAAAGACGAGGCCAAUUAGUUAUUAUUCGUGCUUUGCAAGUCAUCGGCGAGUAUUUAAAAAACACAUUGGAAUCUCCGAAGCUGUCUUCUAUUACGAGCGAGUUUCUUCUCCUGUCGUUGCCGGAAAAUACCAAAAAAAUCGUCAUCGAUUUACGUAAUUCACUGUCGCACGCUUCUUCGCUACUUAGGAGAAGUAAAAUCGAAGAAAAUACCGACGUCAGCUUUUUCAUCAGUGUUCAGAAUGAUACGAAAAAAAUGUACGAUAUGAUCGUCGAUAUUCUCUUCAAUAAAAAGAUGAACAUGAUCCGGAAAAUGCAGGAUAUCGUGGAUAGAGAAAAUUUGCACGAAUUUGGAGAAAUCGUCGAAGCCUUCAGUUUCAUCAAAGCGGAUAAAAUCAGCGAGAAUACUUUCAAAUCGAUGGAACACGAGAAGAAUUUGGAUAAACUCAUUAACGAGAUGAGUGAUACUAUCUCUGACAAGACUUAUUACGAAGAAAAUCUCUUCGCUCGAAUCAGAGAGAUAAUGAAAAUAAACCCUUCCAAAAAUCAGUCGCAAAAUACCACAGAUUACAACUCGAACUUUGCGACGUUGAAGAACCUUUUCAAUUUCUUGCGAAUGAAUUUUGGUCAUAGUCUCGAUAGCAAUGAUUUUCAAGCACAUAAAAAAAUAAUUAAAUCCGCACUGCGGCGUAUUUCCUUCAAAGAAACAUCAUCGCACAGGCUGAAAGAAAUCGUCGAAUUAGCUAUGCUUAUUUUUCAUAGCGCCAAAUCCAGACUACUGGGUGACGACCUACAACGAAUAACUAAAUCUGCCCUUGAAAUCGUUCAUAUCGCUGAAUUCAGAUCAAACGACAUCAAAUGGAUCGAGAAAUUGAGAGAAGACUUACACGAGAAAGGUUUUUCUACUGCUGUAUGUCAAGAAAAUCAGCCUUAUCAGCCUACUAAAGAAAAAUACCAAAACCAGCUUACACAGAAAUUGUCCGAGUUGAAAGCUGUUUUAAACAAUGAUCGAGUAAAAAGCGAAUCGAAUGAAAAACACCAUCAUUGGAGUGAUAAAAAAUUCCAAGCUGCAGUGGAAACGUUAGUUCUGGACAUCUUGUCGAUUUUAGACGAAUCUGAUAAACGUCUGGAAGAUAACCUGCUUUUCUUGGAUGGAAAUAGUCCACUGCUGGUUGGAAAAUGCCUACGUAAUCAUUUAGCCCUUGGUAAUACCUUAGUCGAUAUAUUACCGUCUGAUCCAUCCGCAGCAAUAAUCCGAAAUGCUGAACAACUAGUUUCUGAAAAUAUUGCCAAAAGUAAUGAGAAGAUUAUUGGCAAAUUAGUCAAAGAUGAUCCUACCAAUUUGAGAGCUAAAUUCGAUCAAGAUCUCGCCGUCGUUAUAAAUCAAGGAAAAAUGUUCACCGCAUUAGAACAAGGUGAUUUUGAAGAACUGAAGAAUUGUAUCGCCAAAGGAGCUGAUAUUCGUGCUAAAAGUAUCAAUUCGUGGUCCGCUUUGCAUUUCGCUUCUUGUGGACCUAGUCUCGAAAUUGUGAACUUUAUUCUCGAUCAGAAUUUGGACGUCGAUGUGAAAGAUGCAGAUGGCCAAAAUCCACUCCACGUUGCUGCUGCUAAUGGAAGAAAAAAUAUCGUCGAAUUUUUCAUCACGAAAGCUGGUAUUUCUGCCAACACUCCUGACUCUUUCCUAAGAACACCACUCCAAGUUGCAGCUCAAAAUGGUCACAAGGAUGUCUUCGAAAUACUGCUGCAAAAUAAUGCUGACUUUGGCAAUGUGCGUGAUCCAUUGGGUUAUGCUCCGGUGCAUCAUGCUAUACAAUGCAAUCACGUUGAAAUCGUUAAAAUACUGCUGGAAAAAUUCAAGAAUGUCGACUGCAAGACAUCGGCUGGCUAUACACCUCUACAUAUAGCUGCAGAAUGCGGUAGAUUAGAGAUGGUCAACUUUUUGCUUGAUUGUGGGGCAAAUGUUAGUGCCAAACAUGAUAAAGGAGCUACACCAUUGCAUCUAGCAGCUCAAAACGGCCACUCAGAUGUAGUGAAAGCUUUAAUUUCAAAAGGAGCUGAUGUCAAUGCUACAAAUUUAGACGGUGCUACCCCUUUACACCAUGCAGUUCAACAUGAUCGUCUUGAGGUAGUCAAUAUUCUAUUGAAACAUGGAGCUGACCCUAAUGUCGCUCAAAAAUUGCAUAAUGGAACCCCUUUGCAUUAUGCUACCAGACACGGACAAGAAGAAAUUGUUGAAGUACUACUUGCUUACAAAGCAGAUGUCAAUCUUGUCGCUGAUGAACUUUCAUCUCCAUUACACCUUGCAGUACGGUAUAGCUGCUUGAAAAUCGUCACUUCCCUUCUGAAACAUGGUGCUGAUAUUCAUGCCAAAGAUAUCAAUUCUCAGACACCAUUGUUCUGUGCAGCUGAAAGUAAUCGAGUAGAUAUAGCUCAACUUCUAAUACAAAAUGAGGCAGAAAUUGAUUGCAAAGCUUAUCAUAAUCUGACACCACUACAUAUUGCUGCUUCUGAAGGACACAAACAAGUCGCUGCUCUUUUGAUAGAAAAUAAAGCCAAUGUUGGUAUCAAAAACAAGACUGGCAAGACACCAUUGCUCGUUGCAGCUGAAAAUGGCCAUGUUGACAUCUGCGAGCUUCUAAUCGCCCAAAAUGAAUCCAUUGUUGAUGUUAAAGAUGAUAGGGGUAUGACACCUUUGCACGCAGCUGCUAUUAGUGGUCAUGAAAAUGUCAUCAGUUUUCUACUUAAAAGUGGUGCUUGUGUAAAUACCAGAGAUGAAAGUGACUGUACACGUUUACUCGCAGCUAUUCUACGCAAUAACAAAAAUAUGGUCAAGUUUUUGACAGAAAAUGGAGCGAUGGUCAAUACAGCUCAAAGUUCUGAACAUUCGUCAUCGUCUCAGGAUACUUGUGCAAUUACACCCCUUCUCGUAGCUGUUCAAUCAGGUUCCCAAGAUAUUGUUGAGAUUUUAGUUGCGAGUGAAGCUAAUGUUGAUGAUAAAACCUCUGGCAAGACUCCUUUGAUGUCUGCAGUAGAAUAUGGUUAUAAGAACAUCGUUGACAUUUUAAUAUCGAACGGAGCCGAUGUCAAUGGAGAGAAUGGCGAACCUCUGCUUCUGGCAGUGUGUAACAAUCGUGAGGAUAUAUUGAAAAUUUUACUUCAAAAUGGAGCUAAUAUUGAUGUCACACAUGAUGAUGGUGCUUCGUUGUUACAUUUCGCUGCUUCAAUGGGUCAUAAGGAUAUAGUAAAAAUUCUGAUAGACAAUGGAAUGGAUAUAAAUGGCAAGACUCGUUUUGAUGUAACACCAUUGCACAAUGCAUCGAGCCAAGGUCACAAAGAAAUAGCUGAAAUUUUGAUUAAAAACAAAGCCGAUGUUAAUUUCGCCAAUUCUGAGGGUACUCCAUUGCAUGUCGCUGUUGUAAGUGGUCACGUGGAAAUAGUUAAACUUCUACUUCGAAAUAGGGCAAAAAUGCCUAAAGAUGCUAAACACAGAUCACCUUUAGAAUUGGCAGUCGCAUAUAGCCACUUGGAUGUGGUUAAAAUCUUACUACAGCAUAACCCAGCAGUGGAUAUGAACGCCAAAGUUGAUUCUUCUGAUAGGACAUUACUUCAUAUUGCUUCGCAAGAAGAUAACUUAGAAAUGGUAAAAUAUCUUGUAGGUAAAGGAUACCACAUUCAUGCCAAAAAUAGCUUCGGCUUGAAACCAAUUCACAUCGCAGCUAGAGAAGGUCUCAAAGACAUUGUCGAGUUCUUUUUGAGUAAAGGAUUAAAAGUUGAUGAACGUGAUGCGAAUAACCAAUCUUUACUUCAUUAUGCCGUUACCAAAAAAGGGUUGGAAGUUGUUAAAUUCUUGAUAUUGAAGGGUGCUGAUGUCAAUGUUAAAGAUGACGUAGACUCAACCCCGCUACAUGAUGCCGUUAUGUGUGGUUCUGAAGAUAUCGUCCGAGUUCUUUUAGAAAAUGGAGCUGUUUACAACGCCAUGAACAAUCAGUCUUUGAAACCAUCGGAUAUGAAUUAUAGAGUCAGUGGUGUAGCAGACAUUAGUACAGGAGAAUUCAUAAAAACUACAAUAAAUGAAGAUAUUGAAAAAUUGUUCGUUUUUACUGAAAAUAUGUUCCAGGCUAUUGCAGCUGAAAAUCCUUCGGUUUCAGCUGCCAAAAAUGCCAUUGAAUCGGGAGCUGUCAUCAAUGCCAAAUAUGCUGAAACUGAAUCGACUCCAUUACAUUAUGCUGCUUGGAAAGGCUGUAUCCAAGUUGUAGACAUUCUGUUGGAAAAUAAAGCCAAUCCCAACAUGGUUUGUAGUAAGAAGUUUACUCCUUUGCACUUUGCUGCCAAGUUUUCACAUUUCGAUUGUGUGAAAGCUUUAAUGUGUCAUGGUGCAAUUUACAAUCCAGUUUCUGAAAAUGGUAAAACACCAUUGGAUUAUGCUACCGAUAAAGAAAUAAUUACUUUGCUGAAAUCAACCAACAAAUGCUUUGAAAUGGUUACAACCAGCCACACUGAGGUUAUCAAUAUUCUUGAGAAAAUGAAAGACAGCGACACAUUAAAAUCAAUCAUGAAUGCUUGUAACAAAGACAACAAAACUUUAAUAGCUGCUGCUCUUCAACGUAAUUCUGCAUUCCUCGACAAAUUAAUGAAAGUUUCAGAUGGUGCUACAUCUAAAAAAAAUGAUGAAGCAAUCAAGCUCCUAGCUAAAGGAGAAGUCCAAUCCGCGUUGAAUAUUUUUGACAAUUUAUUUAACCAAAGAAAACAAUUACUUGGACCCAAUAAUCUGGCCACUUUGAAUAUUCAGAAGCGUAUGGCGAACACGUUAGACAGACUAGGACAAAACGAAAAAGCUUUAGGCAUGCUCGAAGAUAUUUAUCUAAAACAGAAAGAAAUGCUCGGUUCAAGAAACCAACACACUUUGGAUACGAGGAGCAGCAUCGCUGUAGUACUUUACAAGCAAGGAAAACAUAUCGAAGCUUUUGAUAUUUUCCAAGAUGUUUAUUCCAAACAAAAAGAAUUACUGGGAUCAGAUCAUCUUGAAACGGUGAAUACAGAGUUCAAUAUUGGUCUAGUGCUGCAAAUUAUGGGUAAACACGACGAAGCCUUGAACAUCAGUAAGGAAGUCUUCGAGAAAUGGAAAAACCUGAAGGGCGACGAUCAUAUGCUUACAGUGUUGGCCCAACAUAAUAUCGCCAGGGCACUCGUUAGUUUGGGCGAAUAUGAAAACGCAUUACAACUUUUCAACGAUGUUUAUCAAAAGAAAAAAUCCAAUUUGGGUACUGAUCAUGAUGAAACCACAAGAACGUUGAGCAACAUUGGUGAAGUUUAUUUUAAACAGAAUGAACUCCCAGAAGCUCUGGCAGCUUUUCAAGGGGUUUUAGAUGGCCAGCAAAAAACGUCGACACAAAAUCCCAAAGAAAUUUCGAAUACUCGAUAUUAUUUGGCACAUACACUAUUCGCUCUAGGUAAAUUCGUACCAGCUUAUAAAAACUUCAAAGAAUGUUGCGAUCAGAAAAAAACAGAUCUUGGGUCAGAUCAUCCUAGUGUUAUUGAUGCCGAGGAAAAGAUCAAUGUUAUUAUUCAUAAAUUCGAGAUGGAAGGCCGGUACAAACCUGACAUUAUUCAGAUUCUUCAGACAGGUAUCAAUAUUGCUUUUAGGAAUGGUGAUAUUUCCGCUGUUAAAUUACUGCUGAAAGGUGGAGCCGAUGUCAACGAAUGUGAUAUCGAUGGUAGAACUCCUCUGCAUUAUGCUGUGCAUUAUGAGCGUCACGAUAUUGUCAACAUUUUACUCGAUAAUGGUGCAAAUGUCACUCAUGCUACGAAUAAAGGUAAUACGCCUUUACAUAUAGCAACUUUAAAAUGUAAUACCGAAAUCGUCAACGUAUUGUUGCAACGUAUCAGUCGCGACGACAAAUUAAAAUUAAACGAUUUCGUCAACGCUAAGACUAUCUUGGCUGGUACCACAUCUCUUCAUAUUGCUGCCAAAAAUGGUUCCUUGGAUAUCGUGAAAUCCUUGCUAAAUCACGGUGCAAUGUACAACGUCGCCAACAAUGAAAGCAAAACUCCAAUCGACCUUUCUACCGAUCAGCAAAUCAUCAAUUUGCUUAGAUUAAUUAACGAAUUAUUCGACGGAGCCGAAAGAGGUAGUGUUGAAGCUACAAUUACGAGAUUGAAAGCUAUGACAUCCGAUGAGUUUUCUGCUGUAACGAAUUCUCGCAAUUCUGAUGGCAAAAAUUUAUUGCUAGUUGCUAAUGUGGAUGGACAAAAGAAAAUUCUCAAAGCGUUGGUGGAGAGGGCGACGAAGAAGACCAAUCAGAAUUAAUUGAGCCUCUUGAUUGCUUAUUCAAAAUGUAAUCAGAAAGUUUUUUAUUUAUACCUAUCGUGCUUAGUUUUUGAGGAAACAGUUUUCAGUGAGCUACGUGCUCGAUUUUGAUUUUAAAAUUUUUAGGAAUAGAUGAAAUAGGUAAUCUGGAAUGAGAAACUAAUUCAUUUUUUGAGCAGAUAUCUUAAAAAUUUAAGGGGAGAUUAGGGGAAAAAAUAAUUACGAAAUGCACUCGAACCCAGCAUGUUUAAUUUUCAAAUUUCUGUGAUGAUGAGCAAUAAAUCAAAAAUGACCUACACCAGUUACCUACUUGUUGAAUUUUGUUUCCUUUUCGUUCAAGUUUAUUAUCCAUUCGUCCAACUAAAAAUUCUUGUCACAAAAUUAUACAAAUUACAAAUAUUUUAAAUGUCACGUCUUGUCUGGUAAAACUUCUUUGGAUUUACGUUUUAUUUUGAAUCUGUUUUUUAAAGAUUAUUAUACGAGUAGUCCUCUCUUUUCAUUUUCUCAAAUUGAUGAAUUGUUUGCAAAAAAAAAAAUUAAUUCGUAGAUAGGUACAUAUUUGAUGAUCUUGAGAAAGGUACAGAUGUUGAGGUAGAUAGCUAGGUACCUAUGUAGAUAUCUUUGUAACAAUUCUUAAUUUUAGGUAAAUUUUGUAUAAUUUUUUUAAAUGUCACUCAUCUGGUAAAACUUCUUUGGACUUACGUUUUAUUUCGAAUAUGUUUUUUAAAGAUUAUUAUACGAGUAGUCCCCUCUUUUCAUUUUCUCAAAUUGAUGAAUUGUUUGCAAAAAAAAAAUAAAAUUGAUUCGUAGAUGGGUAUUUGAUGAUCUUGAGAAAGGUUCAGAUGAUGUUGAGGUAGGUGGCUAUGUAUUAGAUAUCUUUUUAACAAUUCUUAAUUUUAGGUACCUACUUGUAUAUUUUGUAUAAAUUGUACACUAUUUCAAGUAUUUUGCAUGUUUUUGUCAUUCACUCAUCUUCUUGAUAUCGAUAAAAUUUCAUUUUUUUAUGUACACUAGAUAAAUUGUAUUUCUCAGUUUACAUCGCAUUCGUAGUCGAAUGGCGAUGGCGUUUAUUUUAUUUUUCAAAGACAAUAUCGAUUUUUGUAUCGAUUCGUUUUUAAAAUUUGUAUCCUACAUACGUUAAAGUUUCCCUUUUUCAUUUUCUCGAAUUGAUAAAUUGUUUGCAAAUGAAAUAAUCAAAUUGAUUCGUAGAAAGGUACUUGAUAAUCUUGAGAAAGGUACAGAUGUUGAAGUAGCCAAUUGAAUUAUCUUUUUAGAAAUUCCUUAUUAGGUAUAUUUUGUAUUAAUGGUACAUUAUUUUAAAAAUUUCACGUGUUUUUGUCAUUCACUCAUCUUUUUUAUAUCGAUAAAAUUUCAUUUUUUAUGUACUUAGGUAGGUACAUUUUGUAUUUCUCAAUAUUCAUCGCAUCUGUUUCUAUAGUCGAAUGGCGAUGGCGUUUAUUUUAUUUUUUAAAGACAAUUGUGAUUUUUGUACCGAUUCGUUUUUAAAAUUUGUAUUCUAUGUUCAUUUUUUAUAAAAACGUUUGUAUUUUUUUCAAUUUACUCGAUGAUGUAUAAUAAAGAUGUUUUUUUUA